AUGACCGCUGUCAAUACCGAUGAGUUCGAUAUCGACCGAAUACUUCCUCUUUUACAAGCAACCCUUCGCGAAGAAUCUGACGACGUAAUUUGGAACGCAGUCUACGACGCCGUCACCGAAUCGACGCCUCCACCUCGGCUUACCUCGUCCUUCCAACAAACACCCCUGUCCAUCAACACAGGCAGCUUCGCGAACUCGACCGAACACCGCAAACACGUAGACGAUCUGGACAUUGGCUUUGUGGACGAUCCGAACGCCGGCGUGAACUCGAAGUGUCGAUGGUCACAGAUCCUCAUACCCGGAGAGCUUAAGAGCAACCCGUUAGCCGAUAAAGCGUCUAAGGCGUGGCUCGACCUUGGCCGAUACGCGAGGGAGGUGCUCGCCGCCCAAGACAGCCGCCGCUUUGUUCUUGGCUUUACUCUUUGUGGAUCCCUUAUGCGGCUAUGGAUAUUCGGUCGACUCGGGGGCAUCGCCUCUGAGCAAUUUAAUAUUAAUGAGGAUGGGCUGCAGUUCGUGUCUGCAGUGCUUGGGUUUCUCUGGAUGAACGAGGAACAGCUAGGGUUUGACCCGACGAUUAUUACAGUUGGAGACAAGCGGUACAUUGAGAUUAAGCGUGAAAAUAGGAAAGAGCGCCUCGUCAUUGACAGCUUGAUAAAGCGGGUGCCUUGCGUCGCUGGUCGAGCAACAACUUGCUGGAAAGCUUAUAAAGAAGAAAAUCUCGACACGCCGCUCGUUAUUAAGGAUUCAUGGCAGUAUCCGGAGCGCGAAGAGGAGGGCGAGCUGCUGCGCGAGGCGACCGAGAAGCAGGUGAGGAACGUUGCGAGGUACUUCCAUCAUGAGACGGUCCGCGUAGGCGGUCAAGAUGAUGACAUCCGCUCAAACGUACGGAAAGGCCUGGACAUAACGAAGGCAACGAACUAUAAGCCAGAGAAGCCGAUGUCGCCACCAAGCACGACCGGACGCCGGGCCUCGCGGAGAGACGGAAGCAGUAGCGUCCACGGACAGAAGCGAUCAUCGAGCUGUACAGGAAUACCACUGCCACCUAGCAAGCGCACUUGCUCGAGCUCUCCAAUAAAAAGUCCUGUUGCGAAUCGGGUACAUCGCCGUGUCAUCGUCCGGGACUAUGGGAAGGCUAUCUACAAAGCAAGCUCUCAAACCAGUCUGCUUGCUGCAUUGGAACAAUGCAUCGAAGGGUAUGAGUCGUUACAUACACAAGCGGGCAUGCUUCAACGCGACAUAUCGCUGAACAAUCUCAUGGUGAACGAAGAUGACAGAAAUCCCUCCUGGCGCGCGUUCUUGAUCGAUCUCGACCUUGCCAUCAAAGAACAGCGCGAGAAGUCUUCGGGAGCUCGGGGAUCACAGGCUUCACAAUAG